AUGAAUGAUAAAAGUUAUUCUUCAAAUAAUGAUGAAACUCAAUCAGUUGCUAUGGAUAUGUUUAUUUACAUAGAGCACAGUUAUUGUUAUCGAUCAACAUUAUGUUCAUCGAAUAAUUACAAUAAUGCAACGAAAAACAUAACAUCAUCACCAUUACAUUCAUCAUAUACAUCAAGUCUAUUCGAUAAUUCACGGUCACCAAUUGUUCCAAACACAAAUAAAAAAAGUAUCGAAUACUGUUUAUAA